CGCAGGCCGCAACCCAACAAGAAGGCGGCGCCAGGUGCCCUGUCGCAGCAGUUCGCACUCUGCACGGCACCGCACCACCGUCCACCGCGGCACCGCCACCGAUCGGUAGCAAAGGCAACGCGCGCAACGCAACCGUGUCCUCGUACGGCAGCAGCCGGAGAGAGAGAAAUGGGCGACCACGAGGGUCGCGGGGACGAUUUUGAGAAGAAGGCCGAUCAGAAGCUCUCCGGAUGGGGCCUCUUCGGCAACAAGUACGAGGAAGCCGCCGACCUCCUCGACAGGGCCGGCAACUUCUUCAAACUCGCGAAGAACUGGAGCAGAGCAGCUUCGGUAUACAAAAAGAUUGCAGAUUGUCAUUUGCAGGGAGAUAGCAAGCAUGAGGCUGCCUCUGCUUAUGUUGAGGCAGCAAACUGCUACAAAAAGUUCUCACCACAAGAUGCUGCACAAGCACUUAACAAUGCCGUUAAUCUUUUCCUGGAAAUCGGUAGACUGAACAUGGCUGCAAGAUACAGCAAGGAUAUCGGUGAUAUCUAUCAGCAAGAACAAGAUUUAGAGAAUGCUGCAGUCUACCUGAAUCGAGCUGCUGAUCUUUUUGAUAGUGAGGGACAGUCCUCUCAGGCAAACAGCAUGACACAGAAAAUUGCAGAAAUAUAUGCUCAGCUGGAAAAGUACCAGAAAGCAACCGAGCUCUUUGAAGAAAUUGCUCGUAAAUCAAUAAACAAUAACCUUCUCAAGUAUGGUGUCAGAGGCAUUUUACUUAAUGCGGGCCUUUGCCAACUAUGUAGAGGCGAUACUGUUGCUAUAAAUAAUUCAUUGGAGCGCUAUCAGGACAUUGACCCAACCUUCUCGGGGACACGUGAAUACAAGCUUUUGGCGGACCUUGCAGCCUCUAUGGAUGAAGGAGACGUUGACAAGUUUACUGAUGCUGUAAAGGAAUUUGACAGCAUGACACGCCUGGUACAGUCAAUUGGAAACUUCUCUGUCUUUUCCUUCAUUAUUUGGGCAGGUGCCUCUUCUAGGGUAGUGUAUUAUCUGAGAUGAGGAUCCUUGGAAAACAAGUCUCCUUCUAAAGGCAAAGAAUGAGUUGAAGAAAAAGGAUGAGGAUGAGGAUGAUCUAACCUAGGCUUUGUUCUACAAAAGGUUCCAUGAUUUCAUUGAGGAUGCCGUGAAGUCUUUACACAAGAUUGUUUGACAUAUGUAUGGAUAUACAAAACCUCCUUGAUAAAUGCUUUCCCUAUGGACACCUGUUUGGACUUUGGAGUACUCUGGUUACCGCUUAAUUCACCGCCGCAUUUGGAAUCUAGUAGCUACUAUUUGUGUCAUCCUAUAUGUUGCAUUUGUUCCAUUAGUGUUCAUGACUAUAUAUGCUGCGCAUAUGACUCCAGGCUUUCUAGUAUAAAUAGGUUUAAAUAAUAGGGAGUAGUGUGGAUUUUGUUUUAGAUGUGUUUGAGAGUAUGUAAUCAGAGAGGGAGGGAGGGAGAGUUGAACUAUGAUUGUUUUCAUUGAUUGAUAUACACGAUGAACUGUCGCCAAGCAA